CGCGGGAGGGGGGGGCAGCUCGGCAUAUUUUUAGCUGUGCUUAAGGCUGCCGGGGCGAGACCGCGCAGGUUGCUGCGGCCGGGAGGAGUAGGACGGGAUUCCCACCCCCCCCCUCCUCUUUGUUUUUUCCUUCCUUUUCCUCCUUCUCUUGGCACUUCUGAGGGCGGCAGCGGGGCUGGUUCCCCCCUCCCGGAGGUCGCCUUUGUUUUCCCCGCGUGGCUCUCCCGAAGGGAGGGGGAAGGCGGGAAGGGGCCGGGCUGGACCGGCCGCCCCUUCUCCUCCUCCUCGCUCUGCCGGAGCCCGCGGAGUUGCUGCGGUUCCCCCGAGCUGCACUUUACCCCCAACCAUCCUCGGCCGCCCCGGGGCUGAGCAGCCGCCGCCCCCCGGGACCCUCCAUGGCACCGCCGCGAUGUUCGUGUCUCGGGUCCUGGAUUUCCAGAAGACGCGCUUCGCCAGGUUCAUGAAUCACCGUGUCCCGUCCAACUGCAGGUACCAGCCCACGGAGUACGAGCACGCGGCCAACUGUGCCACCCACGCCUUCUGGAUCCUACCCAGCAUCCUUGGCAGCUCCAUCCUCUACAUCCUCUCUGAUGACCACUGGGAAACCAUCUCAGCCUGGAUCUAUGGUUUUGGCUUGUCCAGCCUCUUCAUUGUCUCCACCAUUUUCCACACCAUCUCCUGGAAGAAGAGGCAUCUCAGGACUGUGGAGCACUGCUUGCACAUGUUUGACAGGAUGGUGAUCUACUUCUUCAUCGCAGCUUCAUAUGCACCCUGGCUGAACCUGCGGGAGUUGGGUCCCUGGGCUUCCCACAUGCGCUGGAUCAUCUGGAUCAUGGCAUCGAUUGGAACAGUCUAUGUUUUCUUCUUCCAUGAGAGGUACAAGCUGGUGGAGCUGGUGUGUUACGUUAUCAUGGGCUUCUUCCCUGCCUUGGUCAUCCUCUCCAUGCCCAACAGGGACGGCCUCCUGGAGCUGGUGGCUGGUGGACUUUCCUACUGCCUGGGCAUGGUCUUCUUCAAAAGCGACGGCCGCAUCCCCUUCGCCCAUGCCAUCUGGCACCUCUUUGUGGCCAUCGGAGCUGGCAUCCACUACUACGCCAUCUGGAGGUACCUCUACUGGCCCGGCGCGCUGGAGGCUGAAACAUCCCGGUAGAUGCCUUAAAGACACAGGUGGAGCCAACCAGCACACGGGGGGAGCAGCCUGUGCCCUGGGCUCACCCCCGACCACCCGCCCCGUGGGCAGCAGCUGCUGGUGCCCUUCCCGCAGGGACUGGAGAGCCUGGAGGUUGAUUUUAAACUGAUUUUUUUUUUUUUUUAAAUUAAUUUUUUAACCUGUUUAUUUUUUUUUAUAGCCAGGUUUUGUAACGCAGGGACCAAGCAACCGAUGGGCUGCGGGACAUGGGGGAGCAACUGCUCACCAGGGGCUUGGGGGGAGAGGGGCUCGCUCACCAGCCCGGCCCCGAGCAUCCCAUGGGAGUGGGGACUUGGCUGGGUUCAGCAGCUGGAGCCCUUGACAUGGGCCACCUGGAGGAGCUGGGAUGAUGGGGAGACCUGACCCCUUUCCCUCAGGAUGCCCAGGCAUGUGUCUGCCCCAGUCGGAGAGAGGGGCACAUCAGGGCUGCUGCACCACCGGGGCUCAGCUCCUGAAUGGUCCUAAGUCAUGUCAGCAUGAACCACCUUCUCCCGAGUUCUUGAUGGGAAGGUCUGGACUCAAAGAAGCCUUACACGAGACCGAAACUUGAAUCUCU